AUGGAUGUUUCCUCUCCUCUCUUCAGCUACAGCUCUCUCAGCUCCGAUUCGGAGAUCUACAACGUCUCAUCUCCCGAAUCGUCGAGCGAAGGGAGGCCGAAGCCGAAGAGGACGCACUGCAAGAACCCGAGCAAGCAGAGGAGGAACGCCAGCGAGAAAGAAAAGCUGCGGAUGAGGGAUCUGACCAAAGCGCUCCACUAUUUAAGGACGUUCCUUCCACCGUUCGUGGCUCCGGCCGGGCAAACGCUCACCAAGAUCGAGACGCUGAGACUCGCCAUACGUUACAUCUCCUACCUGUCCUCUCAGCUCGACCUCGAGAUGUCCUACUGUCAGAGCCAUGACCUCAGAUCUCCUCACCACGGUCCGGCUUCACAUUCCUGGGAAGAAGGAAAUCUCGGAAACGAAACGGAAGCCUUCUACACCCAGAAGAAUAAACCUCCUCACAGCGCUUUCUACGAAUCCUGGAGUGCAAGAAAUGGAAAAACACUCCACGAUGAACAAGAACACAUCACUCCUCCCCACAGUGACGUCGUCGGUGAUCACGGACUCUACGAGCGACGUCACAUGACGCUCCAAUCGGGAAGCGGAUUUACCCAAGCGGAAACGGAGCAAAGAGACGGGAUUAAAAUGGAAAUUCCCAACUGCGAUGAACUCUUCACUUCCGGCUUCGACUCCAUCAUGAAUCCGCAAACGUCCCUGUCGCACCAGGUAAUCCGCACGUGAUCCACACAUAAUCCACGCAAACAGUGUUCUCCAGCAAAAAGACGCCAUCUUUAUUUAGUGAAAUGAGUCUAAAAAUGGUGUGUUC